GCCUUGUUCACCAAAAAGAAAGAAAGACAGAAAACCAGGGCAACCUUACCCAACAGAAGCCUCUUCUUAUUUCAUAAAUCUCAAUUACUUUCGAAAAUCAGCGCUGGCCAUGGCUUCUAGUUCUAGGAAGCGCGCGUCAGGUGCUAAUGAAAGUCCUACUGUAAACGAUGAACAUUCCCAUUUGAAAAGAACAAAGAUCACCCCAAGCAGAAGUGCCGCGUCUUCUAAUUCCCACAAAGAUUAUACAAGUGCCAUAAAAGGGAUUGAUACAAAUGGAGAUAGCUACUGGGAGAUAUCGAAGAUGCGCCGGGUCACUAUUUCCUCAUUUCGAGGAAAAACAUUAGUCAAUAUCCGGGAGUACUAUGAGAAAGAUGGCCAAGAGCUCCCCGGCAAAAAGGGCAUCUCGCUGCCAAUAGACCAGUUUGCCUCCCUGGUUAACUUGUUGCCUGAUAUUGAGCUUACACUCAAAGACCUGGGUGUGUCAGUUCCACGACCAGUCUAUGCCAGCGGAAAUAAUAUCACGGAUAAAGAGAACGAUGGAGUUUCAAGUGGUGGUGAGCUUGAAGGCUCACGCAUGCCGAGAAAGAAUAUCGAGGCUACAAGUGAGGAGGAUGAGAGUGAGGAGUAAAUUUUCGAGCUAGAACAGGAGCCUAGACGCUUUCAAAUCACUUAGUUACUGUAAUCUAGGUGUGAUUGUCUCAUUAGAGAAUGAUAGGGCUUUGCUGUUAGGAUG